GGUGACCGAGGAGGUUCACUGCAGUGAGCAAAUCCAUUUGAACAAAUCGUCUCUCUCUAGUCCUAGAGAUCACCCCCCAAAAGGCAAAAAUGGCAAUGGUAAAACUUCUGGGUGAGGCUAACAUCACUGCAGCCCUUGACGCUUGCAAAGCUGAAGGCUCCUUCAACCACACAGCCUUCUUUUCCAAGAUCGGCCUGUCUGGCAAGUCUGACAAAGACAUCGGUGAGGCUUUCAAGAUCAUUGACCAGGACCAGAGUGGCUUCAUUGAGGAGGAGGAGCUGAGACUGUUCCUGCAGAACUUUUGCGGCAGUGCCAGAAUUCUGAGCGAUGCUGAGACCAAGAAGUUCCUCGCAGCCGGUGACAGCGAUGGUGAUGGCAAGAUCGGAAUCGAUGAGUUCACCGCCCUGAUCAAGCACUGAAUGAACUGACCAACAUCUUACUUCACUACUCUAACGGAACAACAACAUGAGCCAAGACGUACUCUUCUAAUCUCUUCUUCCCACCCACUCUCUCUCUCUCUAAACUCUCCACACCACUUUUAUACAAUUGACGCUUCACCUCCCCCGAUGAACAUAGACACCCUGACUCCACCCCCUUCUCCUCCCCCCCUCCAUCCCCUCCCUCCCCCUCUCUCUCUCUGUCUGUGCUCACCCCUUGGCUGUCCACGAUGAAUGUACCAGACUAAGUGUAUAGCGUGGUUGACGUUGUGUCUCUCUCUCUUUUUUUUUUUCUCUCUCUCUCUAUAUCUCUCUCUCUCACUCACUACUGUCAUCGUUUUAAUUAUGUGAGAUUUGCUUUCUGUGAGAUCGGUGAUGAUGCACUUUUAUGGGAAACGGACGGAUGAUGAGAAAACAAUAAAGGUUCUUUUUCAAUAA